UCGCCCAGUCAGUGGCUCAGUUCCGCCGACUCCGCGCGCCCUAACCUCCAAACCUUAACCUUGAAACCUCCCCGAGUGCGUUGAGCUUUCGCGCUGUCUUGUGAAAAAUGAACCCGUUUCGGCCUUAACACUCCCGGGUAUUUGUGUUUAGUGUUCUGUGAUUGUGUUCUUUUGGAUACCUUUCGUCCCGGAUUUUCUUAGGUUUAAUUAGUGUUUCGGUGCAACCGAUUUUACAAUGUGUCCUAUACAUCUGUGAAAAGUGUUGACGUCAUGAUAUCUCCAAAUCGGGAGUCAUGAGACGUUGAUCAGUUCAGAUUUUCGUCAAAAAAAUCGUCUUCAACUAUGAAUCUUCGCUCAAAAAUGAUGGACCGGGGAUGGCGACCCGGGGCGAUCCUGCGUCUCGCAGGGAUGUUGGCAGCGUUGGCGGGUCUGGCCGGCGGCUGCGAGCGCGUUUACCAGGCCCUGCGACAGCCCUGCAAGUGUUAUCGGGUCACGAACCGGGACGAGCCGCACGCACCGGCUCAGCUGGCCGUUGAUUGCGACAACGUCGUCUUCCCCUCCGAUUUCCCGACCCUCCCCUACAAGACCCCGAUCAUCGCCUUCAGCCACCGACACGCUGGAUACCAGAUGCUUCCCGCCCAGAUGUUCGAGGCUACCGGUGCCUCCGUAAAGAAGCUCGACUUUUCCGGAAACUCGAUUCGGCGGCUGACUGAUGGAGUGCUGAUCAACCUACAGAGCUCGUUGGAAGAGCUUAGACUGGCCGAUAACCUUCUUGGAGACUCACUCAACCCUAUCUUCUCAAGCAGCGAGUUCCAUGCACCCUCCCAGCUCAAACUCCUUGACCUCAGCGGGAAUCAGAUCAAGGCCAUCGAGGAGGGCCUUCUAAAGGGAUGCACGCAUUUACAGGAACUUCGACUGGACCGAAAUAGACUGAAUGCGGUCCCUAGUGCUUCACUGAGCGGCCCAAAGGCGCUUCGAUCUUUGACUCUCUCGUUGAAUCGAAUAAAGAGUAUUGACGACGAUGCGUUCUACGCUCAACCGAAUUUGGAAAAAAUUGAUAUGAGCAACAACAGGCUGAACAAAGUUGCAGGCGGUGCCUUUGGAGGGUUACCGAAAUUGAGGAAACUCAAAUUAGGGUACAACAGGCUCGUGCACCUCAACAGCGACGUGUUUCAAGGUUCCAGUAAUGUAGAGCAACUAGAUUUGUCCGGGAACUUCUUCGUCGACUUUCCAGUCAUUGCUCUAAGGCAGUUGCCGCGGCUGAAAUUCCUGAACAUUUCGGCUAACUUGAUCGAGAAACUGGACAACUCUUACUUCCACUCUCUCUCUGCACUGGAGAAAAUUGACCUAAGCCACAACAGCAUAGGCAACAUUGCUCCAGCAACUUUCAUGGGAUUGAAGAAUCUGAAAAACUUGGAUCUGAGUGUCAACAUGCUACGAACGAUCGAAGAUGAUGCAUUCGAGGGCCUUUCGAGUCUGGAGACCCUGUCCCUGAGCGACAACAACAUCCUGGUGAUCCCGGGUUCGGCCUUGCUGCGACUUCCACGACUUCGGGGUUUGAACCUGGACUACAACCGGAUCGCAGCACUCUCGGCCGACAUCUUCACGCCCAUCGCCGAUCGGGUUGUCAGUAUCAACCUCGCCAGGAACGUUAUCAGAGAGCUCCCAGUUGAUGCUUUCCAGGAUUUCAAAGUUCUCUCAUCCCUGGACCUCAGCGGCAGUCUCCUUCUCAACAUCGAGGCGGCCUCCUUCUCAGGUCUGGAGGACACUCUGCUCUCCCUGAACUUACACGGCAACCGCCUCAGCAGUCUACCCCAGCAACCUUUGACCCUCCACCGGCUCCGCAGACUGGACCUCUCGCACAACUCCCUGAAAGAGUUACCACGCGCAUCGUUCACCGGCCUCACCGAGCUCAUGUUCCUGAACCUGAGCAACAACCCUCUCCUCACAUCCCUCCCACUCAACUCCCUCGAUCCUCUCUCCCGACUCGAAGUUCUAGACCUCACCAACACCGGAAUGAAGCUCCUCUCGCCCGAUCUCCUGCUCAGGAACCCCCGCCUGAAGUGGCUCUCGUUCGCCGGCAACAUGAUCCAAGAGAUCCCCGAACUGGCCUUCCAGAGUCAGGUCAACGUGACGUCACUCGACCUCUCGAACAACCACAUAUCCAACAUCCGCGUCCCCGCGUUUAUGGGCCUCGCGAACCUGCGGAAACUCAACUUGGAGGGUAACAAACUCGCGUCCUUCAAAGGGGAGUUCUUCAUCAACAGGCGCAGCAACGGGACCCUCCUGGAAGACAUCAACUUGUCCAAUAAUUAUCUAAGCUACCUGUUCCCGUCUUCCUUCAAAGUUCACCCGAGGCUGAAACGUAUAAAUGUUUCGCAGAACAAGUUCAGUUUCUUCCCGGCCGAGCUGAUCGCCACCCUGGAGUACCUACAGGAAGUGGACCUGAGUAAGAACUACCUGAAAACGCUGGAGGAGUUUGACUUCGGCCGGCUGCCAAACCUAAGGACUGUUGACUUAUCAUACAAUCAAAUCGAAUCGAUCAGUGAGACAGCUUUCCAUAACUCCACCCAACUCCAGGAGAUAAAACUAGGUCGGAACAAGCUCGAGAAGCUAGAGGAGCGGCUCUUCCAGGGAUUGGUCCGCUUGAAGCUUUUGGACCUGCAGCACAACUCGUUGUCCGACCUGCCCCAAACGAUUUUCGAACGGAGCAGGCUCAGGAUAUUGGAAAACAUCAACCUAUCAGGCAACAAAUUCUCAGAGGCUCCGCUGAAAUCACUCCAAAAACAAUACUUCUUCCUCAUGUCCGUUGAUCUGUCACACAACCUCAUCAAAGAACUCCCAUCGGAUGACAGCACGAUGGUCAACAUCAAGAAACUAGACUUGUCUUUCAAUAAACUAUCCGAGGACACGAUCGCCGCUAUCCUGGGCGAACCGAAGACAGUCAGAGAGCUCAACAUGGCCGGUACCGGAAUCACCCAUCUCACACGGUUGGAGACACCCUUCAUCCAGAGCCUGAACGUCUCCCACAACAACAUCUCCCAGGUCACCGACAAAGUGUUCGAGAAAACCACCCUCAUCGAGUCCAUCGACUUCUCGCACAAUCUGAUCACCGAUGUGGGUGGGUCUUUCGCUCACAUGUGGGCGCAGAUGAGGAACCUCCGUAGCCUGGACCUGUCGUCCAACCCCAUCCAGAAUAUCCUCAGCGGUGACCUGGACAACCUGGGAUCCCUUACCACCCUGAAGAUCGCCAAUCUAAUGCAGUGCGCUAAGAUCGAGAAACACGCUUUCAAAUCCAUGGAAGACUUGGUUCACCUGGAGGCCUACGGGUAUCCGAAGCUUGGCUACCUGGACGUCGCUGGCAUGCUCCACUACCUCCCUUCUUUAGAAUAUCUAGACAUAGAGGUCAAAGACUCGGCGAUCGGCAGUGACCAACUGUCAGCCGGCAUGAACCCUCGAUUAACCCACCUCAGUGUCCAAGGAAACCGUGUCCAAUCCAUAUACUCUGGCGCUCUAGCGGGGUUGAAGUCCAAACAAAUCACAAUCGAAUUCCGGAACACCACUAUCAACAACCUACCACCAUCCUUACUGAUCCCCCUACCGCGCUCAUCGAAGAUCACGCUCCGAGUUGCCGGCAACCAACUUUCGUCCAUCUCCCCGCAGUUCCUGUCAGCCCUGGACGACCGGCGAAACGAGAUGUCCCUCCAGGGAUUGAAAGACAACCCCAUCCACUGCGACUGCAACGUCCGGGCCCUACGUCGUUCUGGUUUGGCAGUCGGGAUCCGUUGCGCCACCCCUAGUUAUCACGCCAACAAACUGCUCAUGGAAAUCCCAGACGACGAGUUGAGCUGCGACCCGAACCGGGCUUUGAAACUGACCUCCACGACGACGCCUCCACCGCCCCCGCCCGUCAAGCAGAACAAAAUCAUUUCCCGCUUGACAACCGAACCGGAGAUCAUUUGGUCUUUGCCACCUCCAUCCCCCACGACGCAUAAACCUUUGAUCACAGCGAAGCCACCGUCCCUCGGCAUGCAGCAGAUCAACAACGACGACACACUGAUCAUCGGCAUUGUAGGUGGUGUUGUUGCGUUUAUUGCGAUACUAAUCAUCAUAAUUUGCAUUGUCCGGUUAAGGAUAAACAACAGCCCCUACCCGACAGGGCCUUUAGCACCGUUACCGGCGCUGAUGCCACCCCAUUGUAACAAUCAGAACUACCCCUGUAACUUCUCGAUUCCGAAUUUGUACGCGAUGACUCCGCAAUAUAACCCGAGCUACGCGUCCAGUCUUCCGCCCAAGAUGGCGGUAUCGCCAGCCUCGGUGUCGCCGCAUCUAAGGGCGUCGUAUACUACCCUCGGAAGACAGCCUAUGCAUGGUCAGUCGCAGCCUUACUACAUAUCGUUCCCGCACGAGGAGAAGGAGUAUAUCAGCUAGCUCCAGGGGUUAAGCUAGUUUGAAGGGAGUUUGCAAAUUUACCAAAACUUUUAAACUUGGCUGUCCUUGGAACAGAAUGAUUGAUUGAAUUUACCGCACCAAAAAUAAUCAGAUUGUUGGAUUUAUUACGAGCAUCAAGUUAGUUCAUGAUAAUCGUAUUUUUAAAUAUGAACAUAUUAGUUUAGGCGGUCAAUUCAAUCUUUUUCUUUGUUUCUUGGAGCCAACUGACCACUCAACUAAGUCUGUAAUCAGACUGCAGAACUAAUUAGUCAUCAAUGAAUUGCACCAAUUCAUCGGUAGAUUUAAUUUAUGGUGUAUCAAUAUACCGGGCAGUUGUCCUUAAUUAGAAUUUUCACGAUUGAGAAAGUUAUGAAUUUUGAAGUUUUGAAAGAAUAAAUAAAGUGAGGCAUCACUCACUUUGGUCUCUCAGAUACGUUACUUUGAAUCCUGUAACGUUAGAGUGUAAACUCAUAUUAUCAUAAAAUCCUGCAAGACACCAGAGGAUUAGUUUUGUUUACGUUAGCAUUUUAGCAUUUGUGCCACAUUUUCUUCUGAAUCGUGAAUAAUCUGAUUAAUCGCAAACUGUCACGGUUUCAUAUUUCUCGUAGUUAUGAACCAGAGAAUGCUUGUAGAGUACCACUUUCGCUUUUUCUGUAGAUAAAGUAAGAUGGUGACCAAAUUCUAGAUAAGACGCCGCAGACUGCUCCAUUUUCUUAUUACUUUGGUAUAUCAUUCAGGAUGGAUCUAUUUUGAAGUUUAAUGAUAUAUACGAACCAUUUUCAGAUAACUCAGAGUGGCAUCGUACUUGCUAGGGGACUUAAUCUGUAUUUCUACUACUGGAGCUCGUUCCGUUGAAACAUUUGUUUAAAUGUCGCCUUUAAACGUGUUUGAUACACAAUUUCAUUCUUUCUAUAACACUGAAUGAAAGGGGAGUUAUUUAGAAAUGCUUUAGUCCGCUUUAUCAAAUUAAAUUGUCCUUGUACCUCAAAAAAGUACUUAAAUCCUGCAGCUCGGGAACUUUUUGAUACUCACAUAGCCAUGUUGGAAUUUACGAAGUAAAAUGCCAAAUUCGAGCAAUAUUGCGUGUAUGUCAUGGUGAUUACAUAGUUAGAAAAUACUUUUAAACCUUGAAUACCAGAACUUUAAAAUAUUAAAAAAAAAUCAGUAGCCAGUUACUUCAAAAUUGAACUCCAUGAUAUACCAAAAUAAUUAGAGAACUCUAUAAAAUGAACACUCUUUUAAAUGCCAUGAUUGUGAAAGUGUGGUAAAAAACGAUUGGAUUUCGGGAGAUUUAAAUGAGGACCAAUUAAUGGCUUGAAAAGGAAAA